CAAGCCCAUUUGGAAUUUGGAAGGAGAAGCACAAUGAAUAAGAAAUAAAAGGACUGAACAGAAUUCAAGAAAAACCCUGCUACUGUUCUUCUCGAAAAAAAUCAAAAUCGUCUGAAUUUGAUCCUUCAAAAACCUGAAUUUCUUGCUCAUUCCCAAAGGAGAACUGUUCCUCUAUAUAGAUAUGUCAGAUUCCCCAAUUCAAGAACCAACCAUCGACGACUCUAACAACGCAAACGAACCAGACAAAGAAAACCCAGACUCACAAUUUCAAUCUCAACCCCAAAUCUUGGAACCCCUUAAUCCCCAAAACCAAGAAAAUCCCAUCUCCAGUUCGCAAAAUCAAGAGACCCCAGAUGUGAUUCUUGAAGAAAAAGACCUAGAAAACCCUCAUCAGAAAGCUGAUGUUGUUACGGCUGAUGUAAAUGCUGAUUUUUGUUUAACUGUGGAUCUACCAAUUGCAGAUACAGAGGUAAGUGUUACUGACCUUCGAAUGAUGUCGCCUAGUAAUACUAACAAGCGCACUAAGCGGAAGAAGGGUAAAUGCCACACAAAGAAGUUGCAAGCUAUUGAGAAAAAAUUGCAAACGCUUAAGGAAAACCUAAAGCCUGUUCCUUUUUUCCCUUCCAAGAUUCUUGAUUUUGAUAGGCAUGAGAAGUUACUGAGGCGUUUGGGGUUGUGGGAUUUUGUACAUAUAGAGUUUGAUAGAGAUUUAAGGGUGGAUUUGAUUGCACAGUUGAUUGCUACUUAUGAUUCUAAGUUGAGGGCUAGUUAUGUUAAUGAUUUUAGAAUUGCGGUUAAUAGGGCUGAUUUAGGGCGGGCACUUAAGCUGCCUUUGAAGAAGGACAAAGGUAGUGUUGCUGUGGUUGAUGGUAUGGACGUGGAUGCUGAUCCCUUGUCUGAGGAGUCGAUAAGCUUUCUUGAGAACUUUGUGUCAAUUUGGGUGCUUUUGCAUGAGGACGCGUGGAUAAUGCCUAAUGAGGUAUUAAGUUGGACUAAGGCUAUAAAAGAUGGGCACCCUGAGAAAGUGGAUUGGGCUGGAUUGUUCUGGUUCAUGGUGGAGAAGGAAUUGACACAAGGGGACCAGUUAGUGGACUGUUAUUAUGCUGCACAUUUGCAAUACUUGAUAAAGUCACAGCGUGAGCAGGUGUUGUAUAGUGAAGAGCCAGAAAAGGUGGAGUUUGAAGCUGAUGUGAAGGAAGAGGAUGACUGUGGUAAUGAGGACAAUGCAAGAGUCGGUGGGUCAAUCGAAGCUCAAGAAUUGGAUGGAGCUUUAGGGGAGGAACUGAGUAUUGAGUUGACGUUGGGUCAGGAUCUUGGCCAGAAGCAAGAGGUGAAGGAUGUGGAGAUGAUGGAUGUUGAGGAACACAAGGAAGAGAAGGAGGUGGAGGAAGAGGAAGAGGAAGAGAAACAGUGGCUUUUUGAUGAAAGAAAAGAUGCUAACGAGCCUUUGUUACAGAGAUGUAAGAUGCAGGAAGCAGUGUCUUUGGAUAAUGAUGAGGAGAAGAAAGAAAACCAUGAGUUGGCAGAUGACAAUGACAACGACACUAACAAUGACAAUGACAAUGACAAUGAUAAUGAUAAUGUGAAUGAUGAUGAUGUUGAGGAGGAGGAUGAAGGAGCAGAGAGGCAUGAGGUUGAAGAUGAAUUUGAUGUUAUUCCUAGUAAUGGUACUCUUGUUGGGGAUGGAUUGACAGGAAAUCUACUUCAAACGAUGGAAAGUACACAGAUUGGAUUUACUUCACAGGGGCAACUUCAUGAUCAGUCUUCAGUUGAGCUUCUCGCUACUAGAGAUGAGAUGCAUACAGGUGGUCCCUUUUUUGGCAGUGGAAGUAAGAGAGAGAUGGAGAUUGAGCCUGAUGUGGCUCAUCAUUCUCUCCAUGGCAGCAGCAAGAGGUUGAGGAUUGAGGGGGAAUGGGACGAGAAGCCAUUAGAUUUUGGAUCAUGCAUGGAGCAAAUGCAGCAUCUAAUGAUGAAGGCUAGGAUGAUGUAUGAAGCAAAGGAACAAAAUGAGGAUCAACUAAACAUAAACCAGCAAAUUUUUCUUAGCGAAGUGCAUAAAAGGGACAGCGUAAUUGAUCACUUGCAUAAGUCUAAAUGUGAGGAAAUACAAAAAAGGGAUGGAGAUAUUUGUCGUCUUGAACGGGAGCUUUUUAUGAUGGGAAAUAUUUUGGAUGGUUACAGGAAGGCAUUGAAGGAAACCCAGAAACAGUUCUCUGAGUAUAGGAAAAAAUUCCAGCUGUCUGAAGAACCAUACUACAAAGAUGCUGGUCCUGGAGGUCUAAUGUUGAGCUCUGCUGAAAUGGAAAAGCUGCGCCUCAAGCAAGAGGAAGAAACUCGAUCCAAUUGCUUGUUCUUGGAACAAAAAGCAAAAGAAGCAGAGGAAGAAUAUGCUGGUCAGUUUGAGAAUUUUAUGGGUAAGGUGCAGAUGCUGGAUAAGAGGUUGAUGGGCCUUGAGGAUAUAGUGAAGGACCUCAGAAACAUGAGUCCAAAAAGUAAAGUUCCAGAAAGUGAGGAUAAAAUUUCAGAAACUCCCGACUGCCCCGCAGAUGAAUGAUUUGCUUUGCCAAAUCUUCAGCUCCAUGGUUGAAAUGAAGGAUUUUGCAGAUGUUUAACUUACAUUUGACAUGGUGCUUCUUAUACUACUAGCCGGAAGGUCGUUAUGCAAGCAUUUUGGAGAAGGCUUACUAUAGCUCAGGCUGAUUUAUCUAAGUUUUUGUUUUGGGGCCUUCUUUGUAAUGCUUUAGAAGUCUCAAGUACUUAAAAUUCCGUUAGGUAUUGAUGGAUGUAACUCUAAUGUGAUUAUUGCAUAGGGAUGUGACUUUAUUUUAUGUAUUAGUUUUUGGAUUUACAAUAGUAUAUAUAUACCAUGUAAUGGUAUUGACUUUUUCC